UCUUCUCUCCACCCCACCAUGUUAGCUCUUCUCAUUGAUGGAGAUGAAACCUCCUAUUUCUCGUGCAAAGAUGAUUCUUAUUACUAAAGCUGCCAUCAAAGCUAUUAAGCUUUACAAACACGUAGUCCAGAUUGUAGAGAAGUUUAUAAAAAAGUGUAAACCAGAAUACAAAGUUCCUGGAUUAUAUGUUAUUGACUCUAUUGUUCGUCAGUCUCGUCAUCAAUUUGGAACAGAUAAGGAUGUUUUUGGGCCAAGAUUCUGUAAAAAUAUAACAGCCACAUUCCAGUAUUUAUAUCUCUGUCCAACAGAAGACAAGAGUAAGAUAGUUCGUGUCCUCAACUUAUGGCAGAAAAAUGGAGUGUUUAAAAUAGAAAUAAUUCAACCUCUCCUCGACAUGGCAGCAGGAGCUAGCAGUGCUGCUUCAAUGACUGAAGAUACUACUAAUAAUGAAGGUUCACCACCUCCUGCCACAGUGAUUCCAUCUGAGCCUCUUCAAGUUGCUUCCAAUUCAGUACCUGCUGUGCCGCAAUUGCCCAGUUCUGAUGCCUUUGCAGCUGUAGCCCAGUUAUUUCAGACAACACAAGGACAACAGCUCCAACAGAUUCUUCAGACUUUUCAGCAGCCUCCGAAACCUCAAUCUCCUGUGAUAGAUAACAAUGUAAUGGCUCAGGUCCAUGCUAUUACUGCCCAGCUGCAGACUACAGCAACGCAACCAUCCGAACAAAACAAUUUCUCAGCACCCGAGCAAAAGACAUCUUUUGAUAAGAAGCUGUUGGAUCGAUUUGACUAUGAUGAUGAACCAGAAGCAGUAGAAGACACCAAGAAAGACGAACCAACAGCUCCUGCAAUCUCUCAACCAACAUUUGGUUUUCCGGGUGAAGGUAUGCAGCAACAAGUUUAUGCCCAGCUCCCAAAUAUAGACCAGUAUCAGCAACGAGUGCUUGGAAUGCAACAGGAACCUAUGCUUCACCAGGUCCCACUUCCUCCAAAUGGACAAAUGCCAAGUUAUGGACUUCUACCUGCAUCACAGUUUCCUCCCAUGGCUCAGCCUGGGAUGCAACCCUCACCCCAGGUGCAACAACCUUUCCAGCCUUCUUUUCCAGCACAAAAUGAACCACAUACACAGAAACAUACACAUCAGCAGGAAAUGGAAGUGGAUCAACCUCCUGUUCACGAAGGAAAGAGGCAUGAGAGCAGAAAGUCAAGAUCUAGAUCUGCAUCAAGAUCACCCAAAAGGAGAAGAUCACGGUCUGGUUCUCGGACUAGAAGAUCACGCCAUCGUCGUUCCCGUUCCCGGGACAGGCGCCGCCAUUCCCCUCGAUCCCGAUCCCAAGAAAGGCGUGAAAGGGAGAGAGAGAAAGAGCGCAGAGCAAAAGGCCUUCCUCCAAUCAAAACAGAAACUGUUAGUGUUUGCAGUACAACACUGUGGGUAGGCCAGUUGGAUAAACGAACAUCGCAGCAGGAUGUUGGAGGUCUCCUAGAAGAGUUUGGACCAAUUGAAUCUAUAAAUAUGAUACCACCAAGGGGAUGUGCCUAUAUUGUAAUGGUGGAAAGACAAGAUGCAUACCGUGCUCUUCAGAAACUGAGUCGUGGGAACUUCAAAGUGAAUCAGAAAUUUAUAAAGAUUGCAUGGGCUUUAAAUAAAGGAAUUAAACCAGACUAUAAGCAGUAUUGGGAUGUAGAAUUAGGCGUUACCUACAUACCAUGGGGCAAAGUUAAGCCUGAAGAUUUGGAAAGCUUCUGUGAAGGAGGAAUGCUGGACAAUGAAACACUUAGUCCUGAAUGGAAAGGAAUUCCAAAAAAGUCAGAAAACCAAGUAGCCCAGAAUGGAGGCGCGGGAGACGCUGCACAUAAUGAACAAACUUCUCCGGUUGCUAAAAAUAUGUCCGUUCAAAUGCCUGUUCCUAUGCCCACACCAAUAACAGUGCCUCCACCACAGGUUCCACCACACCAGCCAGGACCUCCAAUGGUUGGUACACUUCAGCCACCUACAUUUACCCCUCCCAUGGGAAUGCCACCUCCAGGAUUUGGUCCUGGAGUUCCACCUCCGCCUUUUUUGAGGCCUGGCUUCAACCCAAUGCAUUUGCCUCCAGGUUUCCUUCCUCCUGGACCACCGCCACCUAUUAACCCCCCAGUUUCAGUUCCUCCGGUCUCUGUUCCUCCUUCUCCAGGAGUAAACAUCCCAAACUCUACUGUGGCCAAUAUAAAUGAAGACACUACAAAAGACUCUUCUGUGGGAAACCCCAUUCCAACAGUAGUUUCUGCAGCUAGAGGAAAUGCUGAAAAUGCAGAUGGCUCCAAAGGAUAUCCAAAUGCUCUGCCACCUGUAACUUCUACAAGUAUCUCAGCUUCUGUCACCCAACCAGUUCCACUCCUUGGUACUCAAGGAGUUACACCCAGCCCUGUGAUUGGGCUACAGACACCUUCCACGGGCCUUUUGGGUGCACGGCCUGGUUUGAUACCACUCCAGCGACCCCCAGGAAUGCCACCGCCUCAUCUGCAACGGUUUCCAAUGAUGCCACCUCGGCAUAUGCCUCCCCAUAUGAUGCACAGAGGCCCACCUCCAGGCCCAGGAGGUUUUGGGAUGCCUCCGCCUCAUGGGAUGAAGGGCCCCUUCCCCCCACCUGGCCACUUUGCAAGGCCCGGUGGAAUGCCUGGAGGGGGGCCCGGUGGACCCGAUGAUCGAGAUGGAAGACAGUUCAGGAAUGACAGGCAGCCGUUUACUCCAAAUAGAGACCAGGAAAGGUUUGGAAGGAGGUCUUUUGGAAAUCGGAUAGAAAAUGAACGGGACCGCUAUGGUAACCGCAAUGACGACAGAGAUCAUGAACGCCUUGGUAAUCGUGAAAGGAGAGAAUGGGGAAGAAGAAGCCCUGAACGUGAUAGACACAGAGACUUGGAGGAACGAAAUAGGCGUUUCAGUGGACAGAGAGAGAGAGAUUCUAGAGAUAGGGAAUCUCGCAGAGAAAAGGACGAAAAUCGAGGAAAGGAGAAACCAGAGUUGACAGACAGGGUAGAUGGUGUUAAAAACCAUGAACCCCAGAGCAGCAAAGUGGAAAAUACAGACUCUGUUCCAGAACUUAAAAAGGGGGAGGCUGAACCCACAGGUGCAAAACCUGCUGAAGAGUUAACAUCUGAGACUACCUCAUCUCUUGAACAACCUGAAGAGUCUACUGGCUCAGUCACAGAGGCUCCUCGCUAGACUGGAAUACUUGUCAAAAAAAAAAAAGUGACAUUGGAGUGUAGAGCUUUAGAGUUGUACAGUAUGCUGUAUAUUUGCUUUUGCUAUUUCACAACUCCUCCAUAGUUUAUGGGAUAUGUAAGCAAUUUGAUUGCUUCCCUUCUAUUUAAAUAGCUACAAAAAUAACACAAAAGAAAUGAAUAAACCAUUACCCUUUUUUUGCUGUAACUUUUUAAAAGUUUUGACUUUAAAAAGUUUACAAGUCAGAAUUAGAAGUGCUAUUUUUUUUAAUUUAAGUGAAGGUAAAGGUAAAAGCUCCUAAAAACAAAUAGGGAUGUGUUUUUAAUAAACUCUAUUUUCAUAACAAACUUUAAUGUGUGCUAUUCUUCCUACACUGCACUGAAGUGGUAAAGGAUUGUUCAACAUCUUAAAGUUUGAACUGUUAAUGCUGUACUGGAGUCUAAAUUAGACUUUGUUUAAAGCUGUUAAAACAUGUUUGUGUAACAGUUCACAAAAAUGAAGUAUAUGUGGUAGUUAUGUUCUUAGAUUUCUGAAUUUUAAUUAACAUGACUAUUCUAGAUGGAAAAAAUAGCUCUUAAAUGUUUCAAGAGGAAACCUAGUGUUUGCAGUGAAAUCACUUUUGUUUUUGUUUUUCCUCACCAUCCAAGAGAUUUUGUGGUAAAUGUUGCCCUAAAAAAAGUUCAACAUUGCGUCCUGUGGAAAGCACACCUUAUUUUUUGUAAUUUAAUUCAUUGUGUUUUUGAGGGAGGUAAGGCACCAAAUUACCACUAUAUUCCAAUCUGUUUUUGAAUGUUCUCUCUCCUGUUUUGUCUACUACAUAACUACUGUCAAAUUGUUUGUAACAAGCUAGAGGAGCGAGUAUUGACUUAUUAGCCCCUCUGCUGCAUUCUGAAAUGCAGGCAGUACUUGGCAAAUUGAAGAAUUACAUCACCCCAUGGUUUGACAUGCUCAGUUCAGUUACUGUUCCCAUUCAGAUGAGUUUUCCCCCUUAAUUUUUUGGGAAGUGGAAUGUGAGGUAGGUAAGUUAUCUUGCAGUGGUAGAAUAAAGAGAAACUUCAUAUACUUGUGA